AUGGCCUGGGACCAAAAUGAUAUGCGCUCGCGCUUCUGUCAAUCUCUCUCAGAUAUGUACAAGAGCGAAGUCCCCCUCUACGGAGACCUCAUCGACGUAGUCUGGGAAGCAGACGCGAAAGCACUUCAAGAUAAUCAGACGAACGGCAGCCCAAAGCUCAUUAAUCCAGAUGAUGUUUUGCCCUCACGGCAUCGCGUCGAAAGACAUGGAGCUAUUCGAUUAGGAACGGCACACGAGCUUGCCACAGUUCGUCGAAUGUUCGCUGUGAUGGGCAUGCACCCUGUGGGUUACUAUGAUCUCAGUCUUGCGGGGUUCCCAAUGCAUGCCACUGCAUUCCGCCCAAAGACACAGGAAGCCCUUGACAAGAACCCAUUUCGUGUGUUCACGACGGUUUUGCGAAUGGAAUUGUUGACAGAGAAGACCCGGAUGCUGGCUCAGAAAGCGCUGGCGCAGAGGCACAUUUUCACUCCGCGGUUAAUGGAUCUUCUGGAUCUUGCAGAGAGUCAGGGGUACUUGACACCGGAGCAGUGUUCGGAAUUCAUCACAAAUGGUCUCGAGACAUUCAGGUGGCAUUCAAAAGCGACUGUCACGCUUGAUGAAUACAACCAGCUGAAAGCCGAACAUCCUCUUAUCGCCGACAUUGUCUCUUUCCCCAACUCGCAUAUCAACCACUUAACGCCCCGGACUAUUGAUAUCGAUCUCGUCCAGCAGUUGAUGUUGGAUCAUGAAAUGCCUGCUAAAGAACGUAUUGAAGGACCGCCUAAACGUACAUGUCCAAUACUUCUGCGGCAGACAAGCUUCAAGGCACUUGAAGAAACCGUCUAUUUCCGAGAUAUAUCUGGAUCCUUCGUGAAAGGGUCUCAUACAGCAAGAUUCGGUGAAGUAGAGCAGCGAGGCUAUGCUCUAACUCGAGAAGGACGGCAGUUAUAUGAUCAGAUACUGGACCGAGUCAAUGUAGACUCUGUGAAGGGAGGCUUAAAAGGGAGCCAAUAUGACAAAUUAUUGGAAGAUCACUUCAAAAGAUUCCCUGACAGCCUCUCGGAGCUCCAUGAUUUGAAGCUGGCAUAUUUCUCCUACCAGUUGACCUCGCUGGGUGACCAGAUGGCUAAGGAAGGCAUUUUACGGGGUGAAGUCUCAGUUCAGGAUCUUCUCACCAAGGGUGUCCUGAGUUAUGAGCCUCUGACAUAUGAGGAUUUCCUUCCAUUAUCGGCAGGUGGUAUUUUCAAUUCCAACCUCAGCAGCGUCUCUCAAUCCAAAGACCUCAUAAUGGCCGCUGAUCCAGACCUCGAUGGUUUCCAGCGAUUCCUUGGAACCUGUGUGGCAGAUGAAUUCCACCUUUAUGCUGAGAUGCAACAGGUAUCGCUGGAGGGCAGUCGACGGACAUUAGGGCUUAAAGCUAUUUUUGUUUAA